AUGCCACCACCAUCUCGUAUCUCAACUUUAACAGGAAAUCCAGUUCCCGAUUACUUUAUUCAUUCCAACACUCGACACUUUAGAGAUACAUUAGGUCGAACAUUAAUCUUAAGAGGUGUUAAUCUUUGUUCAUCUGCUAAAGUUCCAAAAGGUCAUCCACAUCAUCUCUUGGAUGAUUUUUGGGAAAAUUCUACUGGUUCACUUUAUCGUCAACCUCUACAAACUGAUGAAAAACUUACGGGCAUUAGUUAUGUGGGACAAAACUUGGAUUUAGAAGACGGAUCGGCUGACAUUCAUUUGAUUAGAUUAAAACAAUGGGGGUUUAAUGUCAUUCGCUUUGUAACGGUUUGGGAAGCUCUUGAACAUCGUGGACCUGGUCAAUAUGAUUUUGAGUAUAUGGAUUAUGUGGUAGCUGUUUUGAGAAAGUGUAAACAAUAUGGGUUCAGGGUUUAUAUGGAUCCACAUCAAGAUCUGUUUUCUCGUUUCUGUGGAGGAUCAGGUGCACCACUCUGGACACUUUAUGCUUGUGGUCUCAACCCACGUCAUUUCAGUGUGACCGGAGCCGCAUAUCUUCAAGCCGAAUGGCCACAUCCUUCUUCACCUAAACCUGAAAGUCUUCCAUCUAUGAUCUGGGCCACCAAUUAUAAUCGAUUAGCAUGUCAAACGGUGAACACGAUGUUUUGGGCAGGUCGAGAUUAUGCACCAAAGUGUAUAAUAGAUGGCAUCAACAUUCAAGAUUAUCUUCAGUAUCAUUUCUUAGAAGCUUAUAGAAGAUUAGGUCUCAAGAUUUCAGAAGCAGGUGAUUUGUUAGAUGAAACGGUGAUUGGUUGGGAUAGUUUAAAUGAACCUAAUCAUGGUUAUCUUGGAAUUGAAAACUUAUUGAAUAUUCCAAAUGAAGUUCCAUUGAAGAUCGGACCUUCACCUACACCUAUUCAAGGCAUGAGAUUAGGUAUGGGAGAAUCGAUGAAACUAGAGAAUUAUAGGUUCGGACCGAUCGGACCUCAACGAGACGGAAGUGUGGUCGUCGAUCCAGAAGGAAAAACAGCUUGGUUAAACCCAGGAGCAGAACCGAAUGGUAGAUCAGGUUAUGGUUGGAAACGUGAUUCAGAAUGGAAACUAGGCACAUGUAUUUGGGCACAACAUGGAGUCUGGGAUCUAUCAACUGGAAACUUAUUGAAACCAGAUUAUUUUGCUCAUUCGAGAUUAGACCCGUUUAGGAAAACUGAUUUCGCAAGUGAUUAUUGGAGACCUCAUCUGCUGGCUUGGUGUAGUAUGAUUAGAGAGAUUCAUCCGGAAUCAAUCUUGUUUGUACAUCCACCUGUCUUUGAAAUCCCACCGGAUUUGAGUACUUCUACUUUACCUAUCUUGAAACAUCGAUCAGUGUUUAGUAGUCAUUUCUAUGAUGGUUUAACACUGGUGACUAGACAUUGGAAUUGGUUUAAUGCUGAUGCACUUGGAAUUUUGAGAGGUAAAUAUCCUUCAGUGGUGUUUGGAUUGAAGAUUGGAGAAGCUGCGAUCAGAAGAUGUUUAAGAUCACAAUUAGGCAUGCUUCGUCAAGAUGGAUUAGAAAAGAUGGGAGAGUUCCCAACGAUGAUGGGUGAGAUUGGAAUUCCAUAUGAUUUAGAUAAAAAACAAGCAUAUAAAGAUGGAGAUUAUGGAAAUCAAAUCAAAGCCUUAGAUGCCUCUUUAAACGCAUGUGAUGGAGAAAACAUGUUGAAUUAUACGAUUUGGACUUAUUGUCCGGAUAAUUCACAUCAAUGGGGAGAUUUAUGGAAUGGAGAAGAUUUAAGUUUAUGGAGUUUAGAUGAUUCGAUUUGUCAAGGAAGUAAUUAUUCCGAAAAAUCAAAUCGAUCUACUAAUGAAAGUUCCACCACGAAUGGUAGUAGUGGUAGUGGUGGGGAAAAUGAUGGAGGAGUAGGAGUAGGAUUAAACCGAACUGACACUGAUUUAAAUCCAGAAGGAAUCGAUAUGAAUCUAAAUUUGAAUGAUGGAGCCAGAGGAUUAGCUGCAUUUUGUAGACCGUUUCCGAUUGCGACGGUAGGAGAACCGAUUUAUUUUAAUUUUGAUAUUGCAAGCGCUACGUUUGAGAUGACAGUAGAAGUGAAUGUAGAAGAAGAAGAAUAUUCGAAUCAAGAAGAGAUUUGUACGGAGAUUUAUGUACCAGCAGCUCAUUUUGGAGCUAAAGCACAUCAGAAUCGGUUUAGUAUCAAUCGACAUAGGUUAGUGGAAGAACCAUUGGGAGGUAGAUCGAAUGGAAGUGAAAAGUUACAGAUCGAGGUGACGAUCUCAGGUGGUAGAUGGGAAAGUGAAGGUCAAUUACUUAGAUGGUAUUAUCCUAGAAGAUUAGGGUUAAAAGGAAAGAUGGACCAUUACUUUUGUUUGAAGAUUCGAAUAGCAGGAAGAUUUUAACCAACCGAUUUUUUGGUAUUUUAAUUUAUUGUUUAACUGGAUUUGGAUUAAUUGAAAUAAUGUAUAAAAAACUACUAAGAAAAGAAGAUAAAUUCAGUAAAAGUAGUAAAAAUCAUAAUCAUAGUCAUAGUCAAGGUCGAUUUGAAGAAGGAAAUGGGUUGGAGAUUGGUGAUAGAGAUGGGGGUGAUGGGAAUAGGAGUAGGGAUAGGGAUCGGAAUUGGAAUAGAAGGAGUAGUAGGAAAUCAUCAAAGUGGUAAAGUGAAAAGAGGGAGAAAAGCAGGAAAAAGUAAAGUUUGGGAAAUUUGAAAAUGUAGGGUUAGCAUUCAUUGGUUGGUAUUUAUUUAUGUAGAAUUGUAUUUUUUUUUAAAGUUGUUAGAAGUUUUCAAGGUUUUUUUGGUUUUAUAGUUAGUUUUUGGUCGUUUUUUUCCUCAAAAAGGUUUGUGGUGGUGAUAAUUGCACACUGGUAUUUGGGUAUUAAGUAAUGUUUUUUUUUCUUUUCUAGAAAAUGGUGGUUUAGAAGAUGAUGGUUUAGAGGAUGAUUUAUAUGUUUAAGUAUAUACGUUUUUUAUUAUGCUUUUUUAUGAUUUUUUUUUGAUUUUUUUUUUGAUUUUAGAGGUUAGAAAAUGCAUUUUAUGAAUUGUUGUUUAUAUUUUAUGAAGAUUAAAAUAAUCAUUAGAUGAUUUUUGAUG